AGUAGAGUAGAGAGAUGUAUAAAAAACCAAAAAAUACUUGAAUUCAUGAAGAGGUGUUAGUACAUAACUACAUAUGUUAUGUAUCCAAUCAAAAAUAUGUGUAUCAGUGUGUAUUACUGUGAACUGUGACAUGAGUAAAUGACGAGAAUAAAAAAAAAAUAGAAAAAAAAUUAGUGAUUAGUGUCAAAUAUUCGAACAAAAUAAAUUAAAAUAAAUUUUAUAUAUCAAAAUUAGGAAUUAAAAAUGUAUUUCAAUAAAAAUCGAUAUUUUGUAGCUCGAAAAAAUGGGAAGAUUUCAAGUUAAGAAUUGUUAUUAAAUUUUGUGUAUCUUAUUUACAAAAUUAUUACUUAAAUAAAAAUCUUUUGCAACCGGAAAAAAAAACAUACAUUGUGGAGUUACUAGCAUUUUGUUUGAGACAGGAGAGAAAGCAUUAUAACGUAGACCGUAAUAAUAUUGCCAACCAUUGAAUUGGAAUAAAAAUAGGAACGAAUGAAAAAAAGAUAUAAAAAGAGAUGGACAUUUAAAUUCUCAAUCAAAUUUUAGUGUGACAUAAUUUGAGUCUUUUUUCUGAAUGAUAUGACACCCUCUUGUAUUUAAGACACUUUUAAAAACAAAAAAAUACUAAUUUGUAUAUAGAUGUAAACGUAUUAUAUUUAUCAAAGUAGACAAAAAAAAAUCAAAAUAAAAUUAAACAAUAAAUCUAUUUAAAAAUAUUUAAAUGAAAAUCUCAAAUGAAUUAAAGAAAAAUAUAAAUAAAAUAUAAGAAAAAAUUUAAGUAAGCACCGAAAACGGAUUUUUUAAUUCAAUGAAAAAAUCACACAUAAAAAAAAUAUUUUAUUAAUUCAUUUAUGUAUAAUUAAUUGAAUUUUAUGUAAAUUUCAUUGUUUUAUUCCAUAAAUUUAUAAUUAAUUAAAUUAUAUAAUAAUAGUAAAAAAAGAAAUACUUCGUAGACUACAAAAUAUUUAUAAAUUUUGGUACAAGAAAAAUUUCAAAAAUAUAAGGGCGCAAAUUUUAUUUUAAAACAGAAACACAAUAUCAAAUAAAUUAUAAGGACUAAUUAAUAUUGAAGAUAAUAUCAAAAGAAUCUCAUAUAUUUACCAAAUAAAUCUAAAAUAAUUUAAAAUUAUUAAAAAAUCAACAUAGAAACUAUUUUAAUUGAAUAAAAAAUAGAAGAUUUUGUUAUACAUAUUUCGUUUCCUGUUCAAUAUUUUUCUUAUUUAAUUUAAAAAAUGUCUUCACCAAAAGAAGAACAAUUAAAUGAUGAUAGACCAAAUAGUACUGAACAAAUAUCACCAGAUGAAAAUCUUUUUAUAAAUGCAUCAGAUGGUUUAUCAAGUCAACAUCCAACAUUACCAACAGAUUUAGAUUCUGAUGACGAAUUAAAUAAUGAUAUUGAUCCAUAUAAUUUUGAUGAUUUACCAACAUCAAUAAUAGUUACAAAUAUUCAUUCAGAAGUUUUUACAAAUGAUAAACUUAAAAAUGAAAUGGAAGAUUUAUUUCGUAAAUUUUCGGAAAAAUGUACAUUUCAGUGGUUAAAAAGUUUUCGACGUUUACGUGUUAAUUAUGAUAAUGCAAUAUCAGCUGCAAAUGCACGUAUACAAUUACAUCAAUAUGAAUUUCAUAAUAAAUCAGUUAUAACAUGUUAUUUUGCUCAACCUGUAACACCGGUAGCACAACGAAAUUUACAGCCACCGGCAUUGGUUAAACAAUUUCUAAUAUCACCACCAGCUAGCCCACCAUUCGGUUGGGAACCCCGAGAAGAAAAUGAACCAUUGGUUAAUCAUGAUUUAAUUGCCGCAUUAGCUAAUUUAACACCUGGCGAAAGUCAUGAAAUACAUCCACAAACUGAUGAUCAACCUGGUAUUAUUGUACAUACAGCUAUAUUACCAAAAAUUGAUAAUGGAAAUGAAUCACCAAAUGUCAAAUUAAAAAUUCAGCAAACAAAAUGUCCCGAUCGAAAUUAAAAACAAAAAAAAAAAGAAACAAAAAGAAAAAUUUAAUUAAAUUUUAAAUGAAAAAAGAAAAUAUUUUAUAUAAAUAAUAUACGUGUAUAUACAUACAUAUAUACAAAAUAUAUAUAUGUAUGUACGUACAUAUAUAAUACGUUGUUGUUGUAUUCUGAAUACAUAAGAUGUAAUAUUUAAAUUAUUUUUUUUUUUGCAUUAUUUUUUUGUUUAUUUUUAAAUUUUUAUUUGAAAUUUAUCUAGGAAUAAAAUUUAAGAAUUAAGUAUUAAAUUAUUUUUUUUCUUUUUUAAAGUAUAUAAUGAUGAUAAUAUAUACAAGCAUAUACAUGUAUUUAUAUGAUUAAUUGUAUUAUUAUAUAUGUACAUAUAUUGUAUUUAGAAAUAUAAAUUAUAAAAAUUAU